AUGUCGUCUCAGGUCACUCCAGAAGUCCUAUGGGCUCAGCGCUCCUCGGCCGCGGAGCCUGAGAAGAACUACGUCUACCUGACAAUCAACGUUCCCGAUGUGCCUCCCAAGAAUCUCAAGCUCGAUCUCAAGCCCACGGGCCUUUCCUUCACAGGCACGUCAGAUAGCAAGAAGACUACCUACCACCUCGAGUUGGAGUUCUACAGCGAGAUUGACGUUGAGAAUUCCAAGACGAACCACACUGGAGCCAACAUCCAGAUGGUUUUGAGAAAGAAGGAGCUCAAGGAGGAAUACUGGCCACGGCUACUUAAGAAUUCCGCUAAAGUCCACUGGUUGCGAACAGACUUCGACAAGUGGGUCGAUGAAGACGAACAAAAUGAAGCACCGGAGGACGACUACUUGAACCAGUUCGGAGGUGGCGGUCUCGGCGAAGAUGGCGGCUUCGGGGGCAUUGAUUUCUCCAAGCUCGGAGGUGGCGGUGACGAUGCAGGAUUGGAAGGCCUUGGCGGAGUGGAAGGUGAAGGUGAAGGUGGUGACGAGGAUGAGGAUGAAAUGCCCGACCUGGAAGAGGACAAAGAUGAUGGUGCAGAGGGGGCCAAAGGCAAGGGCAAGGAUGCAGAUGCCGCCUAA